AUGAACAUUCCCGAGAUUGGAUUUCAGAGCCAGUCCGUCACCAAACUCCACAUUGCCAGCAUUCUUACCUCUUCUCACCUGGAUCAGCCCCCAGACGGGCAGGGCGUCCUUUACAAGAAAAAUAACCGCACCGCUUCCUAUCAGCGCUGCUGGUGUGAGCUCCGAGGAAAUCUUCUUAUCUGCUGGGAACAGCCCGGGGACCGGGCUCCUUGUCAGCUCAUUGUGUUAGAAGGCUGCACGGUGGAGUUGCAGGAAUCCUCCUCUGAGCCUCAUACUUUUAAAAUCUGCUACCCUGAUGACUUCCCUGAUCAGACCUAUAAGAUGGCAGCUGAGGAUCAAGAGACCAUGGAAGACUGGGUGCGCGCUCUGAGCACGGUGGGAUUUGAGCACCUCCAAGCGUUGGUUACUGAGCUAGAAGGCCAAUUUCACCGGUUGAAGAGCCAACAGUACUCAAAGGAAGAAGCAAGUUGCAAGGCAACAGACCUUCCCUUGCUGUCUCCAAAACCGGUAGAACAAAAAAGAUUCUGUCACAUGGAUUUUACUUGCCUCCAUCAGGAAUUUGGGAAGGAGGUCAAAAGGGCUAGGAAACAGUGGCAGGAGGGAAAGGGGAAGCUCAUCCCAGAAAGUGAGAGUUUGAUGCCUUUUGAAUAG